AUGUUCGUUAGGAUCAGCAAAAAUCUUAGAAGACGAACUUACAUAUUUAAGAAUGCUUUCAGUCAGGGAUCCGGUUCCUUCUUGUUGGAUAACUGGAAUAGUUGGUUGUCAGAAAAGAGUUUCUCCUGCUGCAAUUAUUUUAGUUAUUGCAAUGAUACUUUUGGGAGAAAUGCAUUCUCUAUAAAAUACUACUUCCAGGAUAGUGAACUUUCUCAGAAAUGUCUAUGGUUGAUACAUCAUAGGAAUCUGUACGAUUCUUACUUUGUCAUAGGGGUAUUGUUUCUUUAA